GGCUCUCACGUGAGGGAGGCGGCAGCGCCCGGCUCACCCUGCCCGCUGCCCUAGGAGGAGGCGCGAGUGGGUCUGGGGCCGUCUGCAGCAUGCCGACGAGCUUCACCGUGGUGCCGGUGGAGGCGCAGGGCGAGGAGCGGCAGCGGGAUGGGCAGCGGCGAGAGGAGGAAGAUGACGGUGACGAGAGGGACCGGGGCACUGGGGAUGGGAUUGCCAGGGAAAGUAGUCCAUUUAUUAACUGGGCAGAAUUGGGCAGAGGAAACAUGUAUGAAGGAAAGAAUAUGGCUCUCUUUGAGGAAGAAAUGGAUAGUAACCCUAUGGUGUCAUCUCUUCUGAAUAAACUAGCAAACUACACUAAUCUAACUCAAGGAGUGGUGGAACAUGAAGCAGAUGAAGACAGCAAACGAAAGGAAGUCAAGGGUCCACGAAUGGGCACUUUUAUUGGCGUAUAUCUUCCCUGUUUGCAAAACAUUUUGGGAGUUAUCCUUUUCCUGCGUUUAACAUGGAUUGUAGGAACAGCUGGAGUUCUUGAGUCUUUCAUCAUUGUGUUCAUGUGUUGCGCUUGUACUAUUCUAACUGCAAUUUCAAUGAGUGCUAUAGCAACAAAUGGUGUAGUUCCAGCUGGAGGCUCUUACUACAUGAUUUCAAGAUCUCUAGGGCCAGAGUUUGGUGGAGCAGUGGGACUUUGUUUCUACUUGGGCACAACCUUUGCAGGAGCAAUGUACAUUCUUGGUACGAUUGAAAUUUUAUUGACCUAUAUUUCUCCAAGUGCUGCUAUAUUUAAAGUGGCAGAUGUUGGUGAAGAAACAGAGGCUAUGCUGAACAACAUGAGAGUCUAUGGAACAUGUAUUGUCAUUCUGAUGGCCAUAGUAGUUUUUGUGGGAGUAAAGUAUGUCAACAAACUUGCACUGGUCUUCCUUGCCUGUGUGAUUCUUUCCAUCAUUGCCAUAUAUGCUGGAGUUAUUAAGACUGCUUUUGACCCACCUGACUUUCCUAUCUGUCUCCUUGGAAACCGUACAUUGUCAAAACGCAGCUUUGAUGUCUGUGCCAAAUUUACUGAAAGCAAUAAUGAAACAAAGACUACACCUUUGUGGCGCCUGUUCUGUGAUAGUUCUUUGCUUAAUGCUACAUGUGAUGACUACUUUAGUCUCAAUAAUGUAACAGAAAUUCAAGGAAUUCCAGGAAUAAUGAGUGGAGUUCUAACUGAUAAUCUCUGGAAUGCCUAUUCAGAAAAAGGAUCAAUAGUUGAGAAAAAAGAUCAGGCAUCAGUUGCUGGAUCAGAAGAAUCAAAAAUGGGUGGAAUUCCUUAUGUUUUUACAGACAUCACAACCUACUUCACAAUGCUUGUAGGGAUUUAUUUCCCAUCUGUGACAGGUAUUAUGGCAGGUUCAAAUAGAUCUGGAGAUCUAAAGGAUGCUCAGAAAUCUAUUCCUACGGGAACAAUUUUGGCUAUUUCAACUACAUCUUUUAUUUAUCUCUCCUGUAUAGUGUUAUUUGGCGCCUGUAUAGAAGGUGUAAUAUUAAGAGAUAAAUUUGGAGAAGCAGUUAAUGGAAAUCUGGUGGUUGGUACACUGGCCUGGCCUUCUCCAUGGGUUAUUGUGAUUGGUUCAUUCUUUUCAACAUGUGGUGCUGGUCUCCAGAGUCUCACUGGUGCACCCCGGCUAUUGCAGGCCAUUGCAAGAGAUGGCAUUGUACCGUUUAUUCAAAUAUUUGGUCAUGGAAAAGCAAAUGGAGAACCAACUUGGGCUCUGCUCCUCACUGUUGGUAUUUGUGAAAUAGGAAUUUUGAUAGCCUCAUUGGACAGUGUAGCACCGAUUCUUUCAAUGUUUUUCCUUAUGUGCUAUAUGUUUGUAAAUCUGGCUUGUGCAGUUCAGACGCUUUUGCGAACUCCCAACUGGAGACCUCGUUUCAAGUAUUACCACUGGACUCUUUCAUUCCUGGGGAUGAGUUUAUGUCUUGCCUUGAUGUUCAUUUGCUCUUGGUACUAUGCUCUGAUUGGCAUGCUAAUGGCAGGGUGUAUAUACAAAUACAUAGAAUAUAGAGGAGCGGAAAAAGAAUGGGGCGAUGGAAUCCGAGGACUGUCUCUUAAUGCAGCUCGCUAUGCUUUGCUUCGUGUUGAAGAUGGUCCUCCUCACACCAAGAAUUGGAGACCUCAACUUCUGGUCUUGUUAAACUUGGAUAAUGAGCAGACAGUCAAACACCCUAGGUUGCUUUCUUUUACCUCUCAGUUGAAGGCUGGUAAAGGACUGACUAUUGUGGGUUCUGUGCUUCAGGAAAUCUACUUAGAUAAAUGUACAAAAACUCAGAAAGCUGAAGAGAAUGUUAAGGCCUUAAUGGGUGUAGAAAAGACUAAAGGAUUUUGCCAGAUUGUGGUAUCUCCUAACUUGAGAGAUGGAAUAUCCUAUUUGAUUCAGUCAGCUGGUCUAGGAGGGAUGAAGCACAACACAGUCCUGAUGGCAUGGCCACAGUCUUGGAAGCAGACAGAAAAUCGUUUCUCAUGGAAAAAUUUUGUUGAUACUGUACGAGAAACAACUUCAGCUCAACAAGCACUUUUGGUGGCUAAAAACAUUGACUUAUUUCCAACAAAUCAAGAACGUUUUACUGAAGGAAAUAUAGAUGUGUGGUGGAUUGUUCAUGAUGGUGGUAUGCUGAUGUUGCUGCCUUUUCUCCUUCGACAGCACAAGGUUUGGAGAAAAUGUAAAAUGCGUAUCUUCACCGUUGCUCAAAUGGAUGAUAAUAGCAUUCAAAUGAAGAAGGAUCUUCAGAUGUUCUUAUACCACCUUAGACUAAAUGCUCAAGUGGAAGUUGUUGAAAUGUUUGAAAAUGACAUUUCUGCAUUCACAUAUGAGAAGACACUUAUGAUGGAACAGCGAUCUCAGAUGCUAAAACAGAUGCAGCUAUCAAAGAAUGAAAGAGAAAGGGAGGCUCAGCUGAUCCAUGAUAAAAACACUGCCUCACGCUCUGCUCCAGCAGUUGAAGCAAGCGUGGCUGCUGCUGUGCCAGAGAAAGUGCAAAUGACCUGGACUAAAGAAAAGUUUGUAGCGGAAAAGCAUAAAAACAAGGAUUCCAAUGUGUCUGGAUUUAAAGAUAUUUUCAACAUGAAGCCGUAAGAGCUACUCCCUGUGUCAAACCAAUGUAGUAGACACAAAAACAAUGACAGAGGGAAAUCAGCUUGUUGUUUCCUCAUGUUGUGAUUUUAAGCAUGCACAUGCAUAUUUUCUUAGUUCUGCAAGAAGACUGCACUUAGAAGCAUAGUUUAAAUUAUUUUCUGCAUAUGACCAAACCAAAACUGUGGAUGUCAAGGGAAAUUAUUGUGCUCAUGCUCUAAAGCAUUGUCCUAGGCCGCAUUAUACUCUUAAUUAUUAGGGGUUUUUUAAAUUUUUAUCUUUGAAACUUUUCUUUUUACUACUUUAGAAUUGUGCAAAACACUGAUUUCAGAUUUUAUUAUUUUAAGACUGCUAUGUAUAGUUGGGUAGAAAUUACAGUUCAAACUUGGUGUGCCUGUACAGUAUAUUAAUAUUAUUGACUUUAAAAUGUACCUGAUGGCAUAAUAUUUUUUUUCUAUGCAUUUGCUUUCCUUCCACAUAGAGAAUGGGAAAAUCUGUAAGUGUAAAUUUCACUUCACCUAAACAACAUAGGCUGGGUUCUCUGGUUCUUGUGAUCUUGUACAUUAUAUGCAUGCUUCUAAAUUGUAAUUUGCAAUGCAUGUAUUUUUUUGUUCCUUGUUUAAUAUACUGUGAUUUAGCAUGCCACUGAAAAAAUAUCAUUGUGACUUUUUAAUGUUCUCUUAAAUAUGGUCAACUUUCUAUUCAAGGUAAGUCACAAAACAUGUGUUAUAGUUUCUGUAAGAAUAUAAAACUUGACAGUACUUCUCUGCACCAGCAUAAUAUUUAGUGUUCUAAUUAACUACAUUAAAAAAUGUGGGGUUUUUUUUGGGUUUUUUUUUUUUUUUGUUUUUUUUUUUUUUUUUUUUUUUUUUUUUUUCCUGGAAGAACAGUCUCCCAUUGUGCUAUAACUACUUAGACAAUAGGGAAUAUUUGUUCACAAAGGGAACUUUCAUGAUUCAUCAAAAGUCAGUUCUUGCCUGCCUUCUACCAGCCCAUGCAUAUGUAGAAAUAACAUAAGUUCAGACAUACAUUGGGUAUGACAGCACACAAAAAUGGAAUACUACAUCUCUUGAGUGGAACUCACUCGCCUGCUCUGCUUUUUUUCAGAGUUCAGCAUUUUCUUAAUUUUAUCUGCUCAACAAAUUGAGCUUCUUAUAAAAUGCUGGAAGUUUAGUUUGUCUAUUGUGUAUGAUUUCAGUUCUACCAGUGCUUGAAGGAUAAGUGAUGUUAGCCUUAGUUCACAUUUUACACACCAUAAGCCUUCAUUUCAGUGCUGAUUUUUUACCCACUCUGUCACAAAGUUACACCCUGCCUUUUAUUUUUAGUUUAACAAUGUUUCAGUUUCAAUAGUUAUGCAUCUCAGUUAUACAAUCUUGCCUCUCUUCAUAGUUCUUUUUAGUCUUCUCAAAAUGCAGUUCUGCUUCCAAAAAAUGGAACUUCAAGCUUUCCUUCGUUCCAUAUAUAGAUUUUGUACAGUUUGUUCUUAGGAUAGCUAGCCACUGUGAUAGAAAAUCCUCCAGGAGGGACGGAUAAACUCAGUUUUAGAAAUAUCAUUCUCUUAUAGCGGGGAAGAUGGGAGGUGGCAGAGCAUGAAGAAUCAAUUUAAUUGACAGGGCUGGUUUCCCUGGCCAAUAAAUUUCAGGCCAAAUUACUUUUAACUAUUUAUUUGGGAAAAAAACAAAUGCAAAAACAACCCCUACUUUUAGGCAGCAGAUAUUUCAGAUGAAUGGGCUAAGGUAGAGUUUGAAUAUUUUUUGUCACACUGUAGCAUAUGAUUCAUUUCCAGCCUUGGCUAACUCUACACACAGCUGUUUCUCAGGAACUGUAAGGAAACUGUUCUUUUGUUCUGAAAAACCACUGAACCAUACAAAAGAGAUACUAAAAUAAGGACAUUUUAAAAACCCUAGCAGUUUUUUCUUCUUGUGCACAGAUCUACAACAAUUGUAUUUGUAGGUGAAACAGGGAAAAUACUAGGUAAUGUUGAUAAUGUAAAGGAAUAAGCUCAAUUUCAGUUCACUGCUUACUGCCAUACUGUUACAACAUAAGAAGUUAGCAUUUUUUUCAAAAUUCUGUGGUGUUUCUGAAUUUUCUUCACCAGCUGGUAGAAUUUUGUAAUGUUUCCAAAGGAACAUGAGUAAAAUCUUCUACUGUACAACACAAAUUUUGUGAUCUUUCCGUUGCAUUCCUGUAAUUUCAUUGUUUGGAAAUUCUUGUGUAAAUCCAGUUAUUUUUUUAUGUAAGUCAAUAAACAAGAUUCUUAGUG